GGAGGGGUCUCCAAUGUGCCGGAACAAAGCGAGGGUCAGACUACGUUCUUCGUUAUAGCGCACGAAGCGUUUUUGGGUGACACGAACUGCGUCCAAUCUAAACAGUUACAAUUUGAAAAUGAUGCAGAAAUUCGUUAAGCGGGAGCUUAUGCUUUUCUGUACACGACAACAUUAACUGUGUAGACCGCGUUUCUCAAUAAUGAAUAAAAAUGGAGAGUACCAUUUGGUCAUUUUGUGUCCCCAUUUAUCCCAUUAAUUUCAGUCAGUUGACCCGUUCUUUACUUCAAUAUGUUAGUUCGUCUGUUAACAAGUUCAUCCCUGACCUAAAAGGUAUCCUUGUGGAUUUUGACGCAAAAAGUUUACAAAUCAUAACUGAAGUUGAUUAUUCUGAUCGUUAUGUCCCUACUGGUUUCACUUGUGGUCUUUUCCUGAUUCAUCCAGAGUUAAACCAUCUUCGUGUACACGGGAAGAUAAAGGUCAAUAUUUUUCGCCCAUAUUUAGGUUUGGAAGUAGAUGCGAUUGUUUCAGUGGUUAGACCACAAUUUAUUCUUUGCCGUACAGAAAUUUCCAAUGUAAUGAUUAGUCUUCCACGUUUAUCUUCGGAGUCAGUAAAAAAAGAAGAAUUCAGUCAGUCCAUUUUAAAACCUUUUGACAAAAUAAGAGUUAAAUUGACUCAAAUUGAUAACAAUUUUGGCUCUCCAAUUUUACAAGGUGACUUUAUGGAGUGUCUUUCGAAACCCUUAUCAAAAUCUUCCGAGAAACAGCAUAAACAUCAAACAAAUUCUGCUGGCACUGAUAUGAGUGAUAUAAAACCAGUAAUAAAAGUCUCCGAUGAUACUGAUAGUUAUCAGACUACUUCGUCAUUUCAUGAAAAUUCUUCUGAUCCAGUCACUUUUCCGACUAAUUCACCUAACCAUAAAACACCAAAAGUUAGGAAACCAAAAAUUCGGAAACUUGAAGAAUCAUUACAAGAAGUUGGAGUCCUCGAUAAUUGUAGUGCAAGUCUAUUAACUCAUGAUGAGUCGCCAGCUGGUUCAGUGAAGAGAUUACGAAAGGAGAACUCAUCCACUUCCAAAAUAUUAAAAAAGAAAGGUAAUUCAGAUUCAGAAGAGAUUAUCCCUGCUUUAUUAAAUGAUGCACUGUUAAAAUGUGGUAGAAAAUAUAGGUCAAACCAUAAUCUGUUAUCUUCUGUAACUGUAAAAGAGGAACCAACUUGAUCUUUUUCCAAUAAAUGUGCUGUAAACGCAUAUAUACUUAUUACUUUUCAUAUUUUUCAUUUAUAAUGUAUAAAUAAAUGAUUAUUUUUGGAGUUUUGUUAAGUUCCUAGAUCAAUCUUUAAAAUUAUUAUGUACAACAGUUUUAUUGACAAUGAAGCAUUUCAGUAUUCUAGUGUUUGGUAAAUUCCUGCCACUUUCUAAUAUAUACAGAUAAACGUGCUUCUGAUUACCACAGUUUGUAUGAUGUCCUUCCGAUAAAUGGAAGCCGAAUGGUCAUCGAAAACGUUUUAGAAUCCCUUUUCUAUUGUACCGCUACCUUUCUCUAAAGGUUUAUCACUAAGAUGCUUAAAUAACUAC